AUGCCACAUCGGAGCCCCAAGUCUAAAGCAAAGGCCACGUCGCCAUCGCCAUCACCCUCGCCAGCGGCAUCACAAGAUCCCAACACCGACUACAAGGCGAUCGCGGAACAAUGGGCUAGAGCGAAGCGCAUUCAAGCAGCUAACGAUGCCGAGGCUGAAGCACUUGGCCAACCGAGCCAGCGUGAGGCUGCCAAAUCCCUGGAGCGACAGCGGGAGAAGCUCAAUGAGCGACGGCAAAAAUCGUAUGAAAGACGGUGGUGGUGGACUGCCGCCUUUUGGGCGUGGUUGCUGGUGAUUCAUGCUGUGGGCAUUUGGCUGUUCACGAGUGGUUUCCUCCUGACUCGAUUGGUGCUGGAGGACAAGUCGAAUUGCACAAUACCCCCGAUUGAAAGCCGUUUGGCGCCAUUGGAUGUUGAAAAGGGUUGCUGGCAUCCCAAGACGUUUGAUCGCGCAGUAGUGGUAAUCAUCGAUGCUCUACGAUACGACUUUACCAUACCCGAAGAUCCGGCCAAGGAGCAAGAGUUUCACAACGCUUUCCCGUUCUUGUACGAAACCGCCGUCAAGUCACCUCGCAAUGCGUUCCUACGACCAUUCAUCGCUGACCCCCCGACAACGACCCUGCAGCGAUUGAAGGGAAUGACGACCGGUACGCUACCCACCUUUAUCGAUGCAGGGAGCAACUUUGGAGGUUCAGCAAUCGAUGAAGACAAUAUCCUUAUGCAGCUCAAGAAUGCUGGCAAGAAAAUUGCGCAGUUGGGAGACGAUACCUGGUGGGACUUGUUCCCCGGCUACUUUGAGCCCAAUAUCAGCAAGGCAUAUCCCAGCUUCAACGUGCCAGACUUGCACACGGUCGAUAACGGAGUGAUUAGCAACAUCUUCCCGCUCAUGGACCCUAGCAAAAGGGGCCAAUGGGACUUACUUAUUGGUCACUGCCUAGGUGUUGAUCACGCUGGCCAUCGAUUUGGACCCAACCACAAGCAAAUGAAUGACAAGCUGAAACAAAUGAACAGCUUCAUCCGCAACCUCACGGCCACAAUUGACGAUGGUACGCUGCUGGUGGUCAUGGGUGAUCAUGGCAUGGAUGCGAAAGGUGACCACGGCGGCGAAAGCGACGAUGAAGUGGAGGCUGCGCUGUGGAUGUACUCGAAGACACCCAUCUUUGGCCGGACUUUGCCUGAACAUGCGACGCCUCCAGCAACUGCCAAGAUUAGACCCGUCAACCAAAUUGACCUGGUUCCGACGCUGUCUCUACUACUGGGCAUUCCCAUCCCAUAUAACAACUUGGGCCGCCCUAUCGAAGAAGCCUUCUCCGGCCCGAAAGGCGACAACUGGGCAAACCUUGCCGCGGUGUCGCGCAUGGCAUCCGCUGGCAUCGAGAGAUACCAAAAGUCGUAUUUCAAGGCUCGUGGCAUGACUCAAAGCGCAGAUGCCAACUCUCCUGCCAGUCUGUGGACGGAAGCCAAUAAAAUCCCAAGCACUUCGCAGCGAGAUGCGUAUAACGCCUUUACCAAGUUCCAGGAAGAAACUCUCAAAGUGUGCAAGGAUCUCUGGGCCCGGUUUGACGUCCCUCGGAUGGUUUCAGGCGUGGUUGUUGCUGGAAUUAGCGUUGUUCUUCUCGCAAUGUAUGCUUCGAGAACCGAAGACGACGAAUUUGUUGUCAUGAAUGACGUUGAGCUGGACUACGCCGAGAAGAAGUUGGAAGUUCUGGGCUUCAAGGACGAACCUGAACCUCACGUGGACCAGUACUACCAUAGGGACAUACUGCGCGGCAUGUGGGAUACGCGCUUCUUGUUCGUGGUCGGCACAUUGAUUGCUGCUUCAGUCUACAGACAACAGCCAAUGGAUCGGCUGGCUACUCUUGUCAUGGUUCUCAUGAUGACGGCAGUCGGCUCCUCACUUCAUGAAUGCGGAAAGACGAUUCUGAACCUGCUCCCCAAAACGCCAUGGGGCUGGCUCUCUGUAUUGUUUACGCUCAGUCACUCAAUUGGCUUCGCAUCCAACUCAUACACCAUAUGGGAAGACCAGAUUCUUCUUUUCUUCGUCGCGACGUUUGGUCUCGCGUCGGCGGUUUCCUCCUUCCGCCUCGAAUCCAAGGUUGACCGCACAAUGGCAAUCUACCACUCGGUUGUGUUCAUUCUUCUCGGACGGCUUGCGUCUUAUUCCAAGCUCUGUCGCGAGGAGCAGAUGCCCUAUUGUGUGUCUACAUACUACGCUUCAGGGACCUCAACUGUAUCUCCCUGGCAGCUCAUUGUUCCCUUUACCGUCUUCAUUGCCCUUCCCUCCAUCAUUAAGUCUUUCCUUACACCUACACGAUCGUACGAAGGCUUAGCGCCGACGUGGAUCGGAUACGUCUUUCGAGUCGGACUCUUCAUUUCAGCCAUGUACUGGACCAUUGAUACCGUAAAUAACGGUGGUUUGCUUGCCGGCAAAAUAUCCGAAGAUGCCCUCAAAUCUAUUGGCGUGUACUUGGCCCAGACGAUCCUGGCGCUCGCCCUUGUUGCUGGCACAACAGCAUUCAUAUGGGCACCGCCCAGCGUCUCCAUUGUCUCGACAGCCUCAAAAACCGGCCAAGCACGAGUCGCUAUCCUCGGAUACAGUAACGCACUGGGCUCUCGCUAUCUCCUUUUGCCUAUCAACAUACUCGCCGCUUGUCUCCUCCUAACAAAACCCAUGGGUUCCGGAGCCCUCGCUCUCAUGAUGUGGCAGAUCCUGUCGCUCGCUGAAAUCAUUGACCUGAACAAUCUGAAAAACGAAACCAUCGGACCAAUCAUGCUUGCCAUCCUCGGCAACUUUUACUACUUCAAAACCGGCCACCAAGCUGUCCUAUCCAGCAUCCAAUGGGACAGCGCCUUCAUCCCCCUCUUCACUGUCCGCUACCCCUGGACGCCCAUCGUCGUCACUCUCAACACGUUUGGGGGCCAAAUCCUCGCCGCCGUAUGUGUUCCCCUCCUCGCGGUAUGGAAAGUUGGUCCUAAGCAAAAGGGCGUGCUGGAAACCGUCACGCGCAGCCUCGCAGUAUUUAUUGCGUAUUUCGCCGUCGAGGCGUUGGCGACGAUGAGCUGGGCAGGCUGGCUGCGGAGACAUCUCAUGCUGUACCGGGUAUUUAGUCCGCGGUACAUGAUGGCAACUGUGUUGUUGCUGGUGCUCGAUGUGAUCGUGCUGUUGGUGACGUUGACGGGAGUAAGGAGCAAUACGCUCUCUAUAAGCGAGGUCUUUGGCUGGGCGGAUUAG